UUGUGCUAUGUGGUCGUUCUCCUGUAUUCUUGGCCAUGUUAACCGGUGACAUGAAAGAAAAGAAAAAUGAAUGUAUUGAGAUUGAAGAUAUUGCGUAUGACGUUUUGGAUAAAUUUGUCUUCUUUCUUUAUACAGAUACGUUUAAAGAUCUCGAAUGGGAAGCAGUUAUCGGUCUUUAUUAUGCCGCUGACAAGUAUCAAGUGGAACGAUUGAAAAUUUUGUGUUGUUCUUUCUUCCUAAAGGAUAUCGAUGUUCAUAAUGUUUGCGAAAUCUUAAUGUUGAUUGAUAAACAUCAUGAUUCUGAUUUCAGAAUGAGAGUUGAGGAUUUUAUUUUGAAAAAUGAUGAUGAGGUCUUUAGCUCAUCAACAUGGAAGCAAUUUGUUGAUGAACAACCUUUUCUGCCUGCCAAGACAAUGCUCCUGAAGUAUGAUAAAGAUAAAGGUAAGAGAACCGUUCCUGAAACAUAUGACGAAAAGCUGUCUAUACAUCCUACUGUUCAAGAUGAUCUUCUAGCUUUAUACAAAAGCAAAAUCAUUACCGAUAUCGACAUUAUAUGUAAAGAUACCACAUUCCAUGUCCACAAGUCUGUACUCUGUGCUAGUUCCAUUAUAAUGAGAGAGUGGUUUAAAAAGGAUAUGAAAUGCAAACCAAAGGAUAUUUUCGAAAUUCAAGACUUGGAGGAUGAUAUCGUUUCCCGGAUGUUGCUUUUUUUGUACACCGAUUCUUUAGAAGAUGUACAGUGGGACAUUGCUAUGAAGCUGUACCAUGCAGCAGAUGUAUACCAAAUAUUGCGAUUAAAGAUCAGAUGUUCCUGUUUUCUAAUAGAGAAUCUCCAAAUUUCCAAUGCAAGCACCAUUCUGCUGUUGGCACAUGAACAUCAAGAUGCCAAACUCAAGUCUGUUGUAGAAGAUUUCAUAUUCAUGCACGAUGAAGAAAUAUUUGGAUCUGACGAAUGGGCUCAUUUCAGCGAAUCUAACGUCCGCUUAGCUAAUGAAACUAUGCGUUCAAAAUACAAAAAGAAAGAUGACUUGUAAUGUGUUCGUUUUAUCUUUUGCUCUAUAUUGAAUUAGCAAGCAGCAUGCCCUCUCAAAUUCGUUCACAGAAACAGAAAGCCGGUGUUUAAUGUUACUUCUACGAGGGUUUUCUAGUAAUUGUGUUGAAACAGACACACCUUUAUAUUGUUUAAAGGAAAAAUUAACGAAAACUAUCCAAUUUCUCUUGUUAUAAUUUCUAGUGAUUCAUACUAAUUGUGCAGAAACAGGCACAUUUUUAUAAUGCUUAAAUGCAAAAUUAAGUAAAGCUAACCAAUUUUGGUUAUACUUUUUUGUGAUUCAUACUAAUUGUGUAGAGACAGGCAUAUUUUUAUAAUGCUUAAAUGCAAAAUUAUCUAAAACUAACCAAUUUUUGUUAUAUUUUUAUUGAUUCAUACUAAUUGUGUAGAAACAGGCACAUUCUUAUUAUGCUUAGAUGAAAAAUUAACUAAAAUGAACCAAUUUCUCUUGUUAUAAUUUUUUAGUGAUUUAUAGGAAUUGUGUAGAAACAGGCAUGUUUUUAUUAUGCUUAAAGGAAAAAUUAACUAAAACUGACCAAUUUCUUGUGUUAUAAUUUCUAGUGAUUCGUACUAAUUGUGUAGAAACAAGCACAUUUUUAUUAUGCUUAGAUGAAAAAUUAACUAAAAUGAACCAAUUUCUCUUGUUAUAAUUUUUUAGUGAUUUAUAGGAAUUGUGCAGAAACAGGCAUGUUUUUAUUAUGCUUAAAGGAAAAAUUAACUAAAACUGACCAAUUUCUUGUGUUAUAAUUUCUAGUGAUUCGUACUAAUUGUGUAGAAACAAGCACAUUUUUAUUAUGCUUAAAAGUAAUAUUAAGUGACACUAACCAAUUUUUGUUAUACUUUUUAGUGAUUCAUAUUAAUUGUGUAGAAACAGGGAAAUUUUUUUAAUGCUUAAAUGAAAAAUUAUCUAAAACUAACCAAUUCUUGUUAUAUUUUUAUUGAUUCAUACUAUUUGUGUAGAAACAGGCACAUUUUUAUUAUGCUUAAAAGUAAAAUUAAGUGACACUAACCAAUUUUGGUUAUACUUUUUAGUGAUUCAUACUAAUUGUGUAAAAACAGGCAUAUUUUUAUUAUGCUUCAAUGAAAAAGUAACUAAAACUAACCACUUUCUCUUGUUAUAAUUUCUAGUGAUUCAUACUAAUUGUGUAGAAACAGGCACAUUUUUAUUAUGCUUAAAAGUAAUAUUAAAUGAAACUAACCAAUUUUUGUUAUACGUUUUAGUGAUUCAUACUAAUUGUGUAGAAACAGGCAUAUUUUUAUAAUGCUUAAAUGAAAAAUUAACUAAAACUAACCACUUUCUCUUGUUAUAAUUUCUAGUGAUUCAUAGGACUUGUGUAGAAACAGGCACAUUCUUAUAAGAUUUAAAGGAAAGAUUAACUAAAAUUCUUGUUAUAAUUUCUAAGGAUUAAUUUACUGUAGUUGUGUAAAACUAGUGUGCUUUUAAAAUAAUGUAGUAAGGUUGUUAUUUUAUUAAUAUUUAUUUCCAUAUAAAGUGACCCCACUGAAAUGCUGGAUUUACCGUAUUGGUACAUUGUGUGGAAGGCAAAACAACAUAUAUGGAAAAAUAUUAUAUGGAAAGAUGCAUCUCAAGUUAAUAAAAUGUAUUGUUUACAUAACUCUAAAUA